CAUGAAGGGACUUCAGCAGGUUGAGGAGGACUGGAGGACGUGGAGCCGGCACGUGGAAAAGACUCCUCCACCGAAGCGGAGGGUUAUGCCCCUACCCGGUCGCAAACUCCUUGCCAAGCAACAGAGUCUGAAAAAAAAAACACCAACAUGCUCAUCUACUACAGGCGCAACCGGG